AAUAGUAUAUUGGCUUAUUAGAGAUAUGAGGACAACUUCAGAAGAAUCCUUAUCCUCAAACAGCUGAUAAAAAGGGCUGCAGAGACCCCUCGCUGGUGCAUGAGUCAGACAUCCCUGGGUUUCCACAUGGUCAUUAUCCUGUCCAGAGCCCUGCUGACAAAUGAAAAUGAACAUUCAUUGCAGCACCGUAACCUCACAUCAACACAUGCCACAUGUAACUCAUUUACCUGUGAAAGGACCAAUCAUCUUUGAGUCUGAGUCUGGAAUCUGAACUCAAAUAUGUAAGGCGUUCUUUAUAUGGACUGUCAGUCUGCGGGCAAGAACAGCUUCUGUCUUAAGCAUGGGAGCCGUGCCAUGGUUCCGUGUGUGUAGAAUAUUUGUAUUCCUGGGUGUAUGUCUGAAUUCCUUCACACCACCUUGCAAUGGAGGGAAAAUUCUGGUGUUCCCUGUAGAUGGCAGCCACUGGGUCAAUAUGAAGAUCCUGUUAGAAGAACUCCAUGCCAGAGGACACAAUAUCACUGUGAUCAGGUCCUCAGGCAGCUGGUACAUUCCAGAAAAGUCUCCUCUCUACACAACCAUUUCAGUUGAAAUGAGUGAGCAUUUAGAGGACUUUUUUGAUGUGUACCUACAGGAGCAGAUGAGGGCACAGAGAGAGGGGGCUUCAGCACUUACUUUCUUCAAAAUGACCAUUGAUUUCUUUUCUAUGAUUUCUCAGGCCCAUUCAUUGUGGUCUGUUGCCCUCGGUCAAUUAUUAGAUGAUGAAAAUAUGGUGAAAAGCUUAAUGGAUUCCCAAUAUGAUCUUAUGCUCACUGACCCAGCCAUAGCACCAGGGGUUUUACUAGCCAAGUAUCUUAAACUGCCCAUGGUGCUCAAUGUUCGCUGGAUCACUAGUGGAGAAGGCCACUUUGCAAUAGCCCCCUCACCACUCUCUUACAUCCCAAUGCCAGGAUCGGGCUUAACUGACAAAAUGAAUUUCAUGCAGAGGAUCAAGAACAUGUUUUUCUAUAGCACUAUAGUGUUCCAGCAGAAAUUCCUAGUGGGGCCAAGCUACGAUGCCAUCUGUGAUAAAUAUAUUGAGGGUGGAUGUGACAUCAUCUCGCUUCUUCAAGAAGCAGACAUUUGGCUGUUCAGGUCGGAUUUUGUGUUUGAAUUCCCUCGGCCCACCAUGCCAAAUGUUGUCUACAUAGGAGGGUUCCAGUGCAAGCCGGUUCAACCUCUGCCAGCAGACCUGGAGGAGUUUGUUCAGAGUGCUGGGGAGCAUGGAGUGAUCAUCAUGACUCUAGGAACUUUGGUUAACGCCUUGCCCAAAGACGUUGCAGAUGAAAUUGCCAGCGUCUUUGCCAGGAUGCCUCAGAAGGUGAUAUGGAGGCACAAAGGGGAGCGUCCCUCCACUCUGGGCAACAACACUCUGAUAGUGGACUGGAUGCUGCAGAAGGACCUCCUGGGCCACCCACAGACCAAAGUCUUUGUGGCUCAUGGAGGAACCAAUGGAGUCCAGGAGGCCAUUUACCACGGGGUCCCUGUGCUUGGCAUACCCUUGUUCUUUGACCAAUAUGACAACCUUCUACGCUUGCAGGAGAGAGGAGCUGGGAAGAUCCUUCAGUUAGGUGAUCUUAACAGCCACAGUUUUGAACAAAGUCUUAAGGAAGUGCUCCAUCAAGACAGCUUCAGACAGAACAUGCAAAGACUAUCACGUUUGCACAGAGAUCGGCCAAUAGUACCCAUGGAUGAGGCCAUCUUCUGGGUGGAAUAUGUGAUGCGCAAUAAAGGGGCUCCACACCUGCGUACAGAGGCUUAUAAGAUGCCCUGGUACUCGUACUACUGUUUAGAUGUACUGCUACUACUGCUGACUGCAGCAACUGUGCUGCUGCUCUCUGCUUUUGCCAUUAUUAGGUUUUUAUGCUGCAGAAGCAGAAGAAAGACCAAAGCCAAACAACAUUGACUGGGGUCAAAUUCAUUUACAGAUAUGCUACAAUGAGUUCCCUAGAGCACUGUAUUGAGAUAAAAACAUGCAUCUUAAAGAUAUUAUUUGUACCUCUUUAUUAUUAAUGAGGUAUAAUGACAUCAGUCAAUUGAUUUAGCCAUAAAUAUACUUAAAGUAAUAUAGCCUCUUUCCUGUUUCAAAAUCAGUUGUCCAAUAUAUCCUGACAGAUUAAGAUUUUGGUUAUAAAAUAACCCAGAAUCAUUGGUGAUUGUCUCAUCUAGUCCAUAAUUAUUCUGUAAUUUUACAUCAACUGCAAUAUUAAGAAAAGUACAGAGGAAAACAAAACACCGAUCACUUUCUCACUGCCCUGAUAUUGAUCAUUAUAUCAAUAUCAGGGCAGUGAGACAGUGAUCUACAGACAUGAUCUAAAGUCGAUGCCAUCCAUUUCCAAUGUGCUGAACCCAAAACUUUAAACACAUGUUGAGGAUUUUUGGGCGAAAACAAGUUCAGAUGUGACAAAAGUAAGUCUAGAUAUUAUUAUGUAAUAUUUUAUGAAUUGUCUAACAGAUUUUUUCCCCGGUUCGUUUUUGAUUGAAGCAAAAAUCAAUACAUUUUUAUUUAAAAGAAACUGUCUCUUUGUAAUCUCUCCUAAAAGAACAGAUAUUCUGCCAAAACCAACAUCUUUCCCUCACUGUCCGUGGUCUUGCUGUCUGUAGCACGCUUCACAUGCCCACAUUCUCCUGUCCAAAUCCGUUUUGCGGGCAAAACAGAGUUCAACAUCUAUUCAGUUACAUUUGAUAAUGUUUUACGAAGCUAACAUGCUUGUUGAAGAAAUUGAAAAAACGUCAGACAAAAUGAUGUAGCUGGGAUAUAUAUGGUAAACUAUUAUUUGUUACAAAAGACAAUCCAGUGUGUUGUCUGAAGUGCUGCUGGUAUAUGACUGUCUGAGUAACAGCAAAAUUAAUCACAGUAUCAAGAACACAUGUAAGUAUUGCUACCAGGACGCCAAAAGCAAUGAGUUUUUAUGGAAAACUUGGAGAUCAAUUAUGUCCUGCUUGUUAUUCUUUGUAUUUAAAUUGAUCUAUAUAAAUUACAUCAUCUUCUAAAUUUAAAUCAGUUCCAGUGAGAGGACAAAUCUCAAAAAGGACUAUGAUAAAUCCUAUAAUUUCAGAAAAUAGACCAUAUUAAAACCAUUUCCCUUUUUUUGAAUAGUCCAAGAAAAGGUUGCCUUGAAGCAAUCAGAAGCUGGAAAGGAAAGCUCUCCUUGAUAAAGCAUAAGCUUGUAUGGGUUUGAUUUAUAAGAUGAGGGAGGUUGCCUCAGUAAAUCUAACUACAAGCUAAAUUACCUUUCACAUGUCAUUCAGUGAUACUCUGCUGGAGACUUCUGAGCUUAUUGGUGAGGAGAGCACGCCUGGGAAAAUGUUCCAAGGUAUGAAGGCAGUGAGGUGAUUUACGAAGCCCGAAACCACAAUAAGUG